AUGUCACUACCAUUCAUCCUGCCCUCGUCGACCUCCACGUCAACGCCCAAAACCGUUAUUGUGGUGGGGGGAGGAUGUAGUGGUCUAGCCAUGGCGGAAGCACUGCAUGAGCGGGAUCCGAUGUCAAAAAUCACAAUCAUCGAUAUGCAAUUUGAGGUGGACACCGGCAGCACUUCGGUGGCAAAUUACUCAGAACCCAAGAUCUCAGCAAGUCGUGGCUGUGGUCGCAUCAUCCGUGACGACUACAUCCAUCCAACAUAUAGGACAAUUGCCUGCGCAGCCAUGGCUCACUGGAAGCAUGUCGAACCAUGGUGCCAGUUCUACCACGAUACUGGACUUGCACUGGUGGGGAGUGGCGACAAGGAUGGGCAGCUCAAAAGAACGUUCGACAUCAGCCUUGCACAUCGCAAGUCCGCAGGGGUCAGAACCGGCCUGAAAGUCUUCAACUCCGAAACUCACAUUGAAGAGGUCUGUCAUAUCAAAGCUCUGCGAGGUGCUUGGGGAUACUUCAACCCUGAAGCUGGCUGGGUCAAUGCUGAUCACGUAACUACGGCUCUCCUCCACAAGUUGGCGACUCUCGACAAUCUCUCCAUCGAACGUGGAAAGGUAGUUUCGCUGGUGAAGGACCCGACUGGUAAGAGAGUUCUCGGGGUUGCCCUUGAAUCAAGCGAAACACUCUUUGCCGAAUUCGUGGUACUGGCCACUGGUCCUUGGACCUCCACACUGGUGGAUACAUCUGGCAUAUCCAUUGCAUCAGCCGAACCGAUGGCUUUGUUUAAGCUGCAACCAGAGCACGAAAUAGGUCUUACAAACAUGCCUGCUGUGGUUGACUUCGAGCAGAAGAUCUGCAUGACACCUCCAGUUGGACGACUUCUUCGCAUUGCCCUACACCGCCAGGACUGGCUAAACCCGUCAGACUUCGAGCAUCCCGAGACUGGCCACACGAAAGUUUCACUUCCUCUUUUUUCUGCAGAUCAUGCCAGCUCCGACACUAGAGCUGCACAUCUGGCUCUCCUGCACCACGCCCUGAAACGGGUUUCCCCCCCGGUGGACGGGACCAUUGUCGAUUUUCGAUAUUGUUGGUAUGACGAUACACUAACUAGUGACUUCAUCAUCACCCACCAUCCAAAACUCAGUGGUCUGUUCAUGUUACACGGUCUGGGUGCCCAUGGUUUCAAGUUUUUACCCGUCCUGGGUCGCUACGCUGUGGCUGCAUUGCUUGGGGAACUCGCCUCUGAAGCUCAAGCCCUGUGGCAAUGGCCACAGAAAGUGUCGGAGCGAGAACUUGAAGAUCAACAUGGCCAAGGUGGCUGGCGUUGA